AUGGAUGGUUUCCCAACCUAUCGUCAGAACACCCAAAGGGAUGAAGUUGUUACUACAGAGAACCGGCAGAGCGAUGAUGGCAGCAUUCCUACCAAUCUUCCUGUUGCCAGUGACGUGGAUGUGCAGGACACAGAAUCACUGCCCAGUGCUGAAGUAUUUUUCGAAAGAAGAACACCUUACUGGCGACAACGAAUCUGUCUUGGUUUUUCUCUUGAGCUCAAUGUGGUUCUGCUGGGAAUUUUCAUGUUCUUUGUGAUUUUCCUCAUCAGUACAGAUGGAGGCACCAGUACCACCAGUGAAUCAAGGCAAAACAUUAACGAUGGAGCUCUCCGCAUUCCUGCUGCAUCUCCAGGUUCAACCCAAGCACCAACUCCAUUUUUGGAAACACUCAAUCUACCUGACUACACUGUGGAUGCCAUCAUUGAAUACCCAAGGUCCCCUCAGUCCAAAGCAUAUGAGUGGCUAGUCAGCAACAAAACAAAACUUGCAACAUAUCCAAAAUGGAGAAUGACCCAAAGAUUUGCUUUGGCUACCUUCUUCUUCUCCACCAGGGGAGACUUCUGGGUGAAUCAUCAUGGCUGGCUCGACCGGGAAUUUCAUGAAUGCAACUGGGAACAGCAAUCAUAUAAUCUCUACUGCAUGCAGUGUGAUGAUUCUGGGCAUAUAAAAGGUUUGACCUUUUAUGGAAACAAGCUAGAUGGAACCAUUCCACCAGAGCUAUCCCUUUUGAGUGCUGAUUUGGAGCUUCUGUCAUUGGCAGUGAACAUGGAAUUGAAAGGGCAGAUCCCAACGGAAAUCGGAUUACUAACAAAGCUGAGAGUGUUUCAAACAUUCAACACAGAACUGUCAGGAACAAUUCCUACAGAGCUGGGUCUCCUGUCAGAUUUGAGGUCGCUUGAGCUUGGGGGGGCUGGAAUAUGCGGAACUGUUCCUACGGAACUGGACAAUUUAGGUUGCCUAACAAACUUGAAGUUCCUGGGCAUGACCCAGCUGACAGGCACAGUCCCCUCAGAACUAUUCCAACUAACAAACUUGACAUCCUUUGGAAUAAGUGAUUGUCCUCGACUAGCCUCUCAGAAAGUUCUGCCCAAAGUUGUUGAAAGCAUGCCCCAACUUGAGUUUCUCCUGCUUAACAACAAUGCUAAUGAUGUCAAUGCCCGAAUACCCACUGAAAUUGCAAGGUUGUCCAAUCUUUGGAUGUUGUCUCUUGAUGAGUGGAACCUUAUAGGGUUGAUUCCAAGCCAACUUGGGCAAUUGACACAGCUAGUUUCUCUAACACUAAAGGAGAAUUCUCUUACAGGACACCUCCCACCAGAAUUAUCAAGGCUAAGAAACUUGACUUCGCUAUACACUAGUUCCAACCAGCUAGAGGGGAAGCUCCCACCAGGCUUGUUUUCAAGCCUGACCGCAUUAAAUCGGCUACGCAUGAAUGGGAAUAGAUUCAUUGGCACAAUUCCAAGUGAGAUUGGUCUCAUGUCCAACCUUCUGGAGUUACAACUGCAUGAAACAGUCCUGUCUGGAACUCUACCUACAGAGCUCCUUGCAUUGACCAACUUGACAACCUUAAUCGUCACGAACACAUCCUUGUCCGGGAGCAUCCCUAAUGAGCUGUGUGGUAUUAUGUGUGGUUAUGAAAGGGAAUGUCAUGAAGCUCAUGGCUGCACCAGCAAAAAGACCACCACAAAUGUGUGCCAAGGCACCUUACUUUGUGGAUGCAGCUGUGAUCCAUGCUAA